AUGUACUGCUGUUCAAGUGAUUGGUAUGCAUGUGAUAGAAGCUUGCUGGACGAACUGGAAGGGGAAAUUAGGGAGAACGAGCUGAAGGGGGACUCACAACCACAGCUGUCGACUGCGAUUGAACAAGAGCAGCAAAGCGUGGUCGUCAUUGACGCUGACUUGCAGUCCGCAAUGGCUGAGGUGGAAGACGACUGUGGCUUGUUCGAAAUGAUCGAUCUCAAACAGUUUGUGAGCGAGGCGACGGCGACGACGAUGGAUUGUUCUUGGAGUGACGGAAUGGCUAAAUUGAGCUAUCUCGUUCCAAAAGCCCUGGCCAGAGGCGGAAUGGAAUCCGGCUCGUUUCCCGACAAUCUGCGACAGUUUCUCGAAGCCAUCAUGGCCGAACUGCCAAACAACAUUCCAACAUCGUUUAUUCACGACUUCAUCUGCUUCGAAGUGGUGAAUUCUCUGGAAAGCUCUUUACAUUCAUCCCUGCUUCCCACUCCAGAUUUCCUGUCACGUUUAUUCCACGAAAUUGCGAAGCCAGAGUAUGGGCGGGAGUUUGACGCAGCAAACGCGGUCUAUCGCCUUCUGAUGUACUUCUUGUAUCAGUUUCCUCCAUGUAAUUCAGAAGGCCGUUUUUAUUGGCUCCAACGGUGUUAUUCAUAG